ACCAGCUAAUAUACCAAUAAAUAAAGGUCCAAAAGAUAGAGUGAGCCUCGCCAGCACUCACUCUCUGCGCCAGUCUCUUUGCACCCCCUCUCUUUCUCUCUCUCUCUCUUCGCUUCAACAGCUUUUCUCUUUCUCUCUCUCUGCCCUGAAAUAGAGGAAGCAGAGUUACCAGAGAAGUUUAAUGUGCACCCACCGCCUGUGGAUAUCUCUCUCUAUCUCUCUCUUUCUCCAAGACUGAGCUUUUGUUGUUGAGUCUCACAAAAGUUUUUCCUUCUGUUCAGAAAGAGAGAGAAAAACUGAGACCAGCCCCAUUUGUUCUUGCUCUCAUUUUUUUUGUGUUAGAAAGGACCCAAAAGAAAGAACAAAGUUUAACCCUUUUGUGGGGAUUUAUUGUAAAUUCAUUUUCUUCUGUUUUUUCUUCAGAUCUAUUACCAACUCCUUUUUUCUUUCUGUUACCACUAUUGUACUCUUCUGUUUGUUGUUUUUGAGCAUAAGAGAAAAAUGAGUAAAGAAGAGUUUAUGAAGAUCCAGACUUGUGUUCUCAAAGUUAACAUACACUGUGAUGGGUGCAAGCAGAAAGUGAAGAAAAUCUUGCAAAAAAUUGAUGGGGUUUACAAAACCAGCAUAGAUUCUGAGCAAGGUAAGGUAACAGUCUCAGGAAAUGUAGACCCAGCUGUUCUCAUCAAGAAGCUUUCAAAAUCAGGGAAACAUGCAGAGCUUUGGGGAGCUCAAAAAGCUAAUAAGAACCAAAACGACCUUGCCAGCCAGAUGAAGAACAUGCAGCUUGAUAGUGGCAAAGGUGGAAACAACAAAGGAGGCCAAAAAGGUGGUAACAACAACAACAAUAACCAACCCAAAGGAGGCCAGCCAAACCCUCAACAGCUGCAGCAACUUCAACAGCUUCAGCUUCAGCAACUUCAACAAAUGAAAGGGUUUCAAGAUCUGAAGCUACCUCAAUUGAAAGACAUGAAGAUGCCUCCUUUCAACCAAAACAACCAAAAGGCUGUAAAGUUUGCUGAAGAGGAUGACUUCAGUGAUGAUGAUUAUGAUGACUUGGAUGAUGAUUAUGAUCUUGAUGAUGAUGAAUAUGAUGAUGAAUAUGAUGACCCUCAUCAUCCUCUUAACAAGAUGAAGUCCGUGAUGGGAAAUGGGCCUAAAGGAAUGCCCAACAUGAUGGUGAAUGGUAAUCAUCCUCAGCUCAUGAAUGCCCUAAAGGGUGGCCAAAAUGGUGUUGCAAAUGCUGGAGGCAAUGGUAAGAAAGGAGGUAAUGGCGGUGGCGGUGGCGGUGGCGGUGGCAAUGCUGUGCCUGUUCAGGUUCUUGCUGGCUGUAACAAUGAGGGUAAAAAUGGAAACGGAGGUAAAAAAGGUGGUGGUGGGUGCGGUGUAGGAAAUAAUGGGGGGGAUCAAAAUCAAGGUGGUGGUGGUAAGAACGGUGGUAAAAAUGGUGGUGGUUUUCCUCCGGAGGUAAAAAAUGGUAACAAUGGUGGUGGGGCAAACAAGAAUGGUGGUAAUAAUGGUGGUAAUGGGGGCAAAAAGGGUAAUAAUGGUGCUCCAAAUGGUAUAAAUGAUGGAUUCCCUAGCAUGGGUGGCCCCAAUGGCAAUGUCGGUCAGAUGGCUCAUGAACAUGGCUAUGGGCCAAAUGGCAAUUUACCUAUGAGCCAAAUGGGCCAAAUGGGUAACAUGCCAGCAGUCCAAGGAUUACCGGCAGCUGCCAUGAACGGUGGCGGUGGCGGUGGCGGUGGCGGGUACUUCCAUGGGGCUGGUCCGGAUGUAACCGGGAACCCGUACCAUCAACAACAGUAUUUGGCGGCUAUGAUGAACCAACGUGCAGCAAGCAAUGGAGGAAAUGAGAGGUUUCAGCCCAUGAUGUAUGCUAGGCCACCCCCAGCGGUCAAUUACAUGCCCCCAUACCCAUACCCUUACCCGCCUCCCCAACCCGACCCUUAUACCCACUUCUUUAGUGAUGAGAACACCUCAAGUUGCAAUGUGAUGUGAAAAGUUUGGUAAUUUGGGUUAUAAAGUUUGAUCAAGUUUGCGGUGGUGGUGGCAGCUGGUGGUUCAGUUCAGUUCAGUUAUAGUUGAAGAAGUAGAAGUUUGAUGCCAUAAUAUACAUGGAAAUGGGUUUUUAUUUUAGUUUAAUUUUCCCCAACUCCUUUUUUUUUCUUAAUCCUUUUCAAUUCUCUUUUUUUUUUUCCCAAGUGGAAUUAGGGUUUAAUUAUCAUAGGGAGUAUUUAUAGAUAAUAUUAUAUUAAAAAAAGUCUUUUAGGGAGAGAGGAUGAUGAGAUGUAAGUGGGAGUUUAGUGGUGGGCUUUCACUUUUUUAUGAGAAUGUUUAUAUGUGUUUAUAUGUUGCAAAACAAAUAAGAUAAGAAAAGAGGAUGAGAAUGGCUGGUUAACCAAAAAUGCCCAUCUCUCCCUGCCCAUUUCUCUCCCAAA